UUUUUUUUUUACUUUCAUUUCAUCUUUCAAAAACGCAAUGUCGUCCACUUCAGGUAGAAGAACUGGAAAGGUCAAGUUCUUCAACAGCCAAAAGGGCUUUGGAUUUAUCAUCCCAUCUGAGAGCACUGAAGCAGCACCCGUUGAUGAAAUCUUUGUUCACCAUACCGCUAUCCACAACGAUGGUGGAUUUAAGAGUUUGGCAGAGGGUGAAGAGGUUGAAUACGACUUGGUUCAAGGGCCUAAAGGCAUGCAGGCCGCUAAUGUAACAGGACCUCAUGGUGCAUCUGUUCGUGGCGAUCCCAAUGCAGGACGUGGAGGUUAUGGGAAUGGGCCAUACAGGAACCAAGGAGGUCGUGGGGGAUAUGGUGGCGGAUAUGGCGGUGGAUACGGCGGCUUCGGUGGACCCAAUUCCUUUGGAGGAGGUUACGGAGCCAUGGGCAGCAUGCCGUAUGGCGCACAAGGGGGCCAGCCGGGAUAUGGUGGCCAAGGCUAUGGACAGCAGCACGGUUAUGGUGGAAGCAUGGGAUUCCAACAAGGCAAUAAUAGCCAGUUUCAAUAUGGCGGUUAUCCCCAACAACAAGGCUACGGUGGUCUGCAAGGCCAACAGGGUGCCCAGCCGACGAACCCACAGGGUGGAGUGCCUUUUGGUGGCCAGCAGCCAUAUGGCGGUGGUGCGCCUGGCCAAGCUAGCGGAUGGAACGCACCAGUUUCAGGAGGAGCUCCACAGCACUAGAUCAUUAUGACGAAUAUGACGAAGCGAUAGACAGGCUUGAGAGCAUGAUUCGGCAGACACGGAAAAGAGCAUGAUGAAUACAGAUUUUAAUUCACUUCGGAUGUUCGUUGGUUUUCUUAGUCUGCCUUGUCAUUCUUCUGUUUGUUUGUUUUGACGACAAUACUACUGUUUUUUUUAUUUUUAUUUUUGUUUUUGUCUUUUUUGUUUGAUUGACCACAAUAAAAAAAAAGGAAC